CGUUUGUGGCAGCAUAGACUCAUUUGCUCCGCGCACCCGACCGUCGUCCACCCUGCUUCAACCGAUGGCGGCGCAAUUCCCCGUCGACGGCCGCUGGGUCUCAUCCGUGGUCGCGCUCUCUCGUCUCCCACCGCCGGGCACAGAGGCCUUCUACUUCGCUCGGGGCCAUGCCGAGCAGUGGCCGCAUCUCCCCGCCGCGCCGGAGGGCCACGCCCACGGCGUCCCUUGCGAGGUCACGGCCGUCGACUACUUCACGGACGGCGAGGAACCCUGCGCCCGGAUCACGCUCCUGCCUCGCCCCCACAACCCUCCGCCUGCGGCCAUCGACAUCCCCGCGCCGGGCAGGUUUGUCUUCUACGCCAAGCAGAUACAGCAGGGCGACUGGCAAAGGUCCUAUUUUCAAGUGCCCAAGGAGUGCGAGCGGCUGUUCCCGCCGCACCAGGCCGCGGGGGACAAGCAGGACCUGCUGCUGCACGACAUCAGCGGCAACUCGUGGAACAUGGAGCACACGCAUCGGGGCGCGACGCGUUCUCUGUCAAGGGACUGGCAGGAUCUUGUGCACGAGAAGGGUGUCAAGGUGCGCGACAUCAUUGUGUUCGUCCGCUGCCCCGACGGCCGGAUCCUCGUCGAUCUACGUCGCGCCACGCCGGUGAACAGGGACUGGGGAGGUCAAGAGGUGGCACAGGCGUCGCAGCUGGCCAUCGAAGGGGGCGCCUUUACCGUCACGUACUACCCAGGCCGCGGCGGGGAAUCGUUCGUCGUGCCGCGAGCAGUGGUGGAUGCUGCUGCUGAGAGAGAGUGGGAGGUGGACACGCCGGUUCGCCUUCUACCCAAGGACGAGGUGGUGCAUGUUCAGCAACAGGGCUCGGCGUCCGGCGUGAUUGCAAGAGGCACCAUCGGUGCAGUCGUACCAGGGGCUACUACAUGGCGCAGUCUCCAGGUUGAUUGGGACGGCUCCACAUCCUCAACACCUGCUGUCAACAAGUGGCAAGUCGAACCCGAGGGAACCCGUGAUGCCAAGAGACGCAGGCUCUCCAAGACUGUGCCUCCGGUAGCAUCGACAGCCCAAAGAGGAGUCAAGCUGUUUGGCAAGACCCUUGUUCCAGAGGGAAGUGGCUCCAGGAGCUAGUGUACCCAAAAUACCAUUUUUUUUGCAUGCUAGCAUCGGCUGGGUAAAACUGGUGUUUCACUCUUCAGACUAGUUUGUCAUAUCAUUACCUGUUGGUCACAUCGAUGUUGAUGCUACAUACUACUCUUGAGUACCUGUGGCCCGAAACUUAUUUGCUUGCGUUGA